AACACUGCAUGUUCUGAGCUCAUGGCGUUGCCUCUUGCCUGUCAGAGAUGGUAACUACAUGAUCUGCAUCGUCGUCUUCUCUUUGCCCUGACCUAUAAAUCCAUCAGCUUACCACCAAAACACUUCAUCUUCAUCAGCCCACCAGCAAGCUAAGCACCACACCUGGUAUCUGCCUGAACACCACCAUAUAGAAACUGAAUCUCUCUCUGAAUAUUCAGCCAAAAAAGAAGGAGAAGCAACCAUGAUCAGUGCCAAGAGGAUUGUUUGGAUGGCAAAGAAGUGGCAGAGAAUGGCUGCCCUGGCGAGGAAGCGGCUCACGGCGACUCCGCGGAAAGAAGACGCCGAUUGUCCGUGCAGCGCAUCGACGUCGGUGGCCGUCAAGGGCCAUUGUGUCGUGUACUCCUCCGACGGGAGGCGGUUCGAGGUCCCGCUGGCGUACCUUGGCACAGCGGUGUUCAGCGAGCUCCUGAGCAUGUCGCGGGAGGAGUUUGGGUUUGCCGGCGCCAAUGGCAGGAUCACGUUGCCCUGUGACGCCGCGGUGGUGGAUUACAUGAUGCAUUUGCUUAGGCGAGACGCCUCUGAAGAGAUUGCGAGGGCGUUCUUGAGCUCCAUGGCCAGACCUUGCCACCACAGCGUCAGUGGCAUGGCGCCAUCGGUGCGCCAAUCAGCUAUCUGUGUAUAGCUAUUGUUACCACAUGAUGUAUACAAUAUUAGAUUCAUUUAGCCGGAUGUAAUAUUCUGGGAUCAUAGGGAAUCACACAGAAGGUUCUUCAUUUGAUAUCC